UAGCACAGAAAAUUUAAAGGAACACGAAUGAGUUUGGCUUUAGUAAAAGCAGGAGCGUCGCGAUUUUAUGGUACCGCUCUUCAUUUACUGAAAUAAUAGCGUCCUGUUCCCCGUUUUCUGCAAUGAAGUGCGCAUUCACGCAUAUUUAGAUCCAUCAGAUGAUGCAUUUUACACAGGAUCUUGAGUUGUUUCCCAACUGUUCUGUAACUCUCCUCUUAUUUAAAGAAGUGCAGAAUGCAGCGGAACUUAGGAAAAAGGCAAUGGAGGGACUAAUUAAUGGUGCACUGAUCAAGCCAACAAUGAUAGUGGAUGCUUUUCAGGUAGUGGUUGCCACAAAUAAGGCAGUCCAUCUACAAAAACUUGGAAAACUGAAAACCCGAACUUUGUAUUCUGAAAUAAUAUUCAAUCUUUCACCAACUAACAAUAUUUCUGAGGCUUUUAAAAAAAUUGGCAUUUCUGAUGGAGAUUCUUCAGUACUUAUUGUGCUGAUUAAUGAAAAAGAUAUUAAUGUGGACAGAAUUACAAGUCAGGUGGAUGGGAUUCAAAUUCAUAUUGACAACCUUCAAACAAUGGCAGACACUUCCACGAUCAGAAAGCUGUUUAAAAUUACUCCUCAGGAAGAAAAGAUUGGGACCCUGCUAGAUGCCAUAGUUUGCAGAUUGUCAACAAAAGAUGUGUGUUAGCUCUUUGAACCAUUUUCUACAUUUUGAAUAUUUAAGAAACUGUUGUAUAUUCUGAAACUAUACAACAGCAGAAAUGCAAAAUGUAUAUUAUCUCCAUUGGAUAAAUGCUAUGUAAAUUCUGUUGUAAAUAAAACAUAUUUCAUUUUAACAA